AUGGUGUUCUAUGUAUUACUGUCCAUACUUCACGGAGUUGUUCUUGACCAGGUCAUCGGCUCGUCCGCGUCUCUUUUUCGCCGUCACUCUCGAAAACGUGAGUGGAGUUUCUCCUCAUCGCCUCAGCCUCAGAAUCCAAACGACAAGUCGUCUUCUCUUGUAGUAGACGUCGGUUUCCGGUUGAAGUUCCCUGAAGACACGUGGUCAUUCUUUUGUGGCUAUGUCUCUGGUUUGAUCUGCUUCCGCCAUGAGUCACUCUCGGAAGAGGAUGAGGGUACAGUGCAUGUAAUAUGUAAACCUAGCACAGGACAGUAUGAGAUCUUACCUAAAUUGGGAAGGGGAAGGUACAUCAACAGCUCGAGAAGCUUGUUAGGGCUUGAUCCGAUUAACAAGCAAUUCAAGGUAUUGUCCAUGGUUGGAGAUAGCUUUUGUCAUCAAACUCUGACAUUAGGAACUGGAGAAAAGAGUUGGAGGAAGAUCCAAUGUCCCUACCCUUCCUCCUCCAAAGGUAUAUGCAUCAAUGGGGUUUUGUAUUACUUAACGGAUUAUAAGAAGAUAGUCUGCUUUGAUGUUAGGUCUGAGGUAUUCAAGUCCAUUGACAAAGAAUGCGAGGAUGAUCAAUUGAUAAACUAUAAGGGUAAAUUAUGUGUGAUUAAUAAUUUGAAGUGUGCUGGUGAAGAAAGGAGUACCCUUGAGUUGCGUAUGUGUGUUCUUGAGGAUGUCGAGAAACAAGAAUGGUCAAAAUACCACUACACUUUGAGGGAUAGUAAAUUUGCUUUUCGCGAUGUUUCAUUUGUCGGAGUGACUGCUAGAGGUGAAAUUGUUCUGUCGUUUUCUUUCCAUACGUGUGGAGCGUUUUAUGUUUUCUACUUCGAUCCCCAAACAUACACUCUCCAAAGUUUUGAAAUUCAAGGUAAAGAAGAUGAAGCGUUGGCUUUUGGUAGAAAUAGUGUUUACGCCUUUUUAGACCAUGUGGAAGAUCUAAGUGUAAUGUUAUGA